AUGACGGCCACCCUGGACGAGCUGAAGCAGGCGUUGGUGGAGACGCUGGACAGGCGCGGGGUGCUCGGUCAGGUGAAGGCCAAGGUGCGCGCGGAGAUCUUCGCCGCGCUCGACGACGAGCAUGCGCCCCGGCCUUCGCUGCCCCGGGAGAACGCGGUCAUCAACGAGCUCAUCCGAGAGUAUCUCGAGUACAACGGGUACCACCACACGCUGUCCGUGCUGCUGCCCGAGAGCGGGCACCCCGAGGAGCGGCAGGAGUGCUUCGACCGGCCGUUCCUGGCCUCGGAGCUGCAGCUGCAGGAGGAGCCCCCCGCCGGUCACUACCGCUGCUCUACGCCCUGGUGCGCGGCCUGCGCCCGCGGCCGGGGCCGCGGGAGGAGGACGACCUCCACGGGUCCGACUCCGGCGCGCCCGAGGCGACGGCGCUGCACGGCGCCGGCGCCUCCGAGGGCUCGCGAGCAGCUGGGGCCCUCGGCCCCGCUUACGGGGCUGCAGAGGGGCCCGAAGGCGACCAGCCCGCGCCCCUCGUGA